UUUUUUUUUAUUCUUAGCUUACCUUACCUUUUCUCUUUUCUUUUUUUUUUCCUAAAACAAGAUGAAUGACCAUCAAAAGAAAAAAUUUAUUAAUCCACUUCGGAAGUUUUCUUUAUUACAAACAAGUCUUCAGACUGAAGCUAAUUGUGUGCCAGUAGAGAAAAAUAACGUAUUAUUAUCAAAUAAAAAGAAUGAAUUUGAGCAAAAAGAUAUUAUUAGUUUGCUACCAAGAGAAAUUACUUUAAAAAUAUUUUAUUUACUAUCCUUUCAAGAUUUAAUUCAAAUCCAAUUAACAUGCAAAACUUGGAAUAGAAUCACUCAAGAUGUUACCAUAUGGAGAAAUAGAUUUUACGAAUUGAAUUCACAUUUUACAGAUAUAUAUGCACAUAAGCCAUUAAAAUGGUUAGAUACUUCUACUUUACCUUGGAAAAAAAGAUAUUGUCAGGCUAUUACCUUUGUUAAUUGGAGAAUGGGUAAUGUGCAAAGGACAAUCAAGAUUGAUAAUAACAAUCACAAUCGUGUAUUGGCUGUCAAACUAAGAAAUCAAUUAUUAGUUACUUUAUCAGAAUUAAAUUAUAUGAAUAUUCUACAGAACAUGGAUUUAUAUUAAAAUCAAUAUGGUUCUUUGGUGAUCCAGCUAUUUUACAGUCAAAUUGUAUUGUUGAAUGUAUAGACAUUUUACCAGAUAUUAAUAUAUUAGUCAUUGCACAGCGUGGAUCAAAAUGUUUGUUUUAUGAUAUUACAAAAGGCUCAAAGCAUGAUCCUAUCCAAGUACUUAAGGGAGGUAGUCAUCCUUGGUUUUU